AUGCCUAUCAUGGCCAUAAUUGUUCAACGCCGCCUUGCACGCUGCAAGCUUUUGUUUGCCUGGCUUUUGUGGACGCAUUUGAAGUCCUUCGAAUUGCACGACUCCAAUUGCAGUAUGGCAUUAUUGUCAUAUGCAGGGCUUGGACUGCUCAUGCCGCAAUGCAGUUGUUGUCCGUUCAUCACUGCACUUUGCGGUAAAACCGACCUUGGUCAGCUCGCUUCAAAGACAGUCAAGGCAGGGUCUCCAUGUUCAAAGUGCCGACCCUCUGGGGCUUGGGGGAUGGCACCCCUUGUGAUUGAUGGGAGCAGGAUAGCAGUCUUAAACAGUGUGUUUCCAAAGCCUGGGGAUUGGAGUCGUUUGUGGCCCUUUGCUGAGGCACAGUUUUCAAGGUUUGUUGUGCUAGUGGCGUGCGUGUAG